AUGUGCCUGUUCCUUAUAAGGCAUUAUCUGAAGAACAUGAUGGUGUUACCAAACUACACUAAUUACAAAUGUCGCCUUGCCAUUUCUUCGGGCAUUGCUCAGGUCUGCCCAUUCAUGUCUUUGCAAGUUCCAUUAGGCUGGUGGGGAAGUGGAAGAAUCGCGAAGCUGCGUAAUUGCUACCUUCAUACAGAUGUGGCUGCAGGUCCACACGAAACUUUUCCAUAUGAUUUACGAUUAGUGUCGCUUCCAUUGUUACUGGCUCUCCUGUAUAACACGGCACUGGGGCAGGUGCCAUGCUCAGACGUCAUUCUCAGGCCUCCUGUCACGGCUCGUCAUCAAUCCUCCCACCUGCAGCAUAUGCACUUCCUCCGCCCAGCCACGGUUUAUCAUCCAGCAUUAGAAAGCAGGAUAGAUGUCCUUCACGGUCAAGUGCGCUUUUCGCUGUCACCAAUGUGCUGCCCAGAGAUUUCUAUAGAUAUGAAAGAAGACAUAAUGCUUGGGCAAAAUAUGCAUAUUUUACGGGCAGAGGGGAGUGGGUCUACUGGCAUGGCUUAG